AGGCAGGCAAACCGCCGGAGCGGCCGAGCACCCCGACAGCGACGUGUAGUGUGUGUGUGACCGGACCCGAUGGUGUCUCACUGACGAGGAAGACCCACAAAAAAAACACACAAAAAAAACCACCAGGCCAGGUUCCGACCGACCGCUCUGCUGUCACCGCCCGCGCUGCUGUCACCGCCCGCCGUCUGCACACCGGACGUGAGCCGAAGCCUUCCCCUCGGAAAUGGAGUCUGCGUCGUCUUGACUGAAGCCUGGAGGUGCGCUUCUUCUUCUGCCUCGACCUGUCGCGGAAACACAAGGACUUCCUCGUCGCCUGGUUUCCUCUCUCGGCUGCCGCAGACCCACCGCCUCCACCCGGCUCCACUCGGCUCAUUCAACCGGGAGCCCUCCACCCACCGCCGGCCCCCCCCCACUCCACCCCCCCUCGACAUCUGGACACAACCCCUGCAUCGUCGCCGCUGUGUUGGCCGCUGCUUCGCCUGUAUGAUGCCGACACAUCUGCGGUUCCGGAGAAGGAUUUUAGGGCUCAUUUUCCUCUUCUCGCUGUCCACCACCGCAUUGUACUUCAUCUACUCCGCCCCCGGAAUCGUGAAUGAGUAUGUGUUCGCGGUCCAAGCCCGAGGGAUCCAGAUCAGAGAAAAUGUGAAAUACAUCGGGUCACAGGUACUGGAGCAGGUGGUGAGAGGGGCAUACAGCGUCAAUGGCACAGAUUAUACCUACGAUUUCAACUUGAGCGAUAGCGAUGGUCCUCCCCCAACAUACCUCCCCCAGGGCUUCACCUACCUCCCAUCUGAGGUUUGUCCUGCCAGGCUUCCCUCCAUGAAGGGCAGGUUGCAGGUGAACAUGAGUGAGGUGUCGCUGGAGGAGGUGGAGAGAUCCUUGCUAGAGAAGGAGCCAAGCAUUGCCCCAGGAGGCUACUGGAAGCCCCACGAUUGUUUACCUCGCUGGAAGGUGGCAAUCCUCGUCCCAUUUAGAAACAGACACGAACACUUACCAAUCCUCCUGAGACACCUGGUGCCAGUGCUGCAGAAACAGAGACUCCAGUUCGCCUUUUAUGUCGUAGAGCAGGGGGGCACUGAGCCAUUUAACCGAGCCAUGUUGUUCAACGUGGGCUACAAGGAGGCUAUGAAGGACCUGGACUGGGACUGUCUCGUCUUCCACGACGUGGACCACCUCAUGGAGAACGACAGGAACUACUACGGCUGCACAGGCAUGCCCCGUCACUUUGCGGUCAAACUCGACAAGUACUCUUACAUGCUUCCAUAUAACGAGUUCUUCGGCGGUGUCAGUGGCAUGACGGCGAAGCAGCUCAAGAAGAUUAAUGGAUUUCCUAAUGCGUUCUGGGGCUGGGGAGGAGAGGACGAUGACCUCUGGAAUAGGGUACAGUUUGCCAAUUUCACAGUGAGUAGACCGCGGGGAGAGCAGGGACGCUACAUGUCCAUUCCACAUCACCAUCGCGGGGAAGUCCAGUUCCUGGGAAGGUACAGUCUACUACGCCACUCAAAGGAGAGACAGAAAGUGGAUGGUCUUAACAACCUCAACUACUCCCCCUCGUUGUCCAGGAGGCCUCUCUACACCAACAUCACAGUCAGCUUGAGCAGAAAGCUUGCACCCGUAGCCGUCUACUAACGUAGGCACAGCUGGACUGCAGACCACAUGGGAAUCAAAGUCCUCCGGGACAUCAGCCAUAUAUCACCAGUUGCAGUACUGCUUAUGACUUUUUGGUUGACUGAUACUUUGCUUUCUUUCUUUUGUUUGUAUGCAAAAAAAAAAUGAAGACUUAAAUAAGUAUGUUGGAUAAAUCAUAUUAGAAAAUAAGGAUUAAAUGCUGCGCUACAGUCCAUCACUCCUCUCAUCUGGGCUUAUCUAGUCUUCUCUCUCCACAUGCCUUUUGCACCAUUUUGGCCUUCAGCAUCCAUUCAUUCAUCCGUUCAUUUUCUGAUUCAGACGGUCAACGUUGAGUUCGGCCCUUCACUCUGUGCUCGUUUAUUACAAUAGGCCAUGAUACACACGCUCAUUCAAGUGCAUGCGCACGCACACAAACAGUUUGAUUUGCAUGCGCUGACACGGUCCAUGAGGCUUUGAUUUUUGCUUUGCUCUUUCACUUAUUAUUUUACACAGCUGCAGUAAACCUGUGAAAACGUUGAAAACAUUCGCACACACAGACACACACACACUCCAGACCUUCUAACCACAUAGCUACUUCAACCGCGUUGAUUCCUGCAGCUGGUUCUGCAGAGGGUAUGCCAAAUCUACAACUGAAGAGAGCAAGAGAAAAUAUAUAAAGAGUGAGUGCUUUCAUUCAUUUAUAAA